UUAGCUACGUCAACUACCUAUCAGGACAACAACAAGUUAACUUGCGCCACUAAUUACCAACAGCAUACUUUAAAAUGAGUGGACUGGACUGGGACUCCACGGCACGAAGUUGACAGACGUUCAGGAACAGUGAGCCUCAGCCGCGCCAUCGCCAAGCCUCAUGAACUGGAGAGUUUUAUUGUCCUAGCUAGCUGGCUAACGUUAGCUAUUUGUCUGGUGAGUUAAAGACAUGGCUACUAGAGAGAUGUCUUUACGGCAUAAAUACCGUCGCCCACCGGCGAGCAUAAAGCAGGAGCAGGAUGACGACUCGGACGCGGAAGAGACUCACCUGGGGCUGGAGUCUCAGAUCAUCCACAGCGGGCAUUUCAUGGUGUCCUCGCCCCACAGCGAGCACCCCCCGAAGAAAGGCUACGACUUCGACACUGUCAACAAACAGACUUGUCAGACCUAUCAUUUCGGCAAGGCGAGCAUGUCGCACCUCUCCAUAGACGCUUCGCUGACCAAACUCUUUGAGUGCAUGACUCUCGCGUACAGUGGUAAGUUGGUAUCUCCCAAAUGGAAGAACUUCAAAGGUCUCAAGCUGCUUUGGAGAGACAAGAUCCGCCUCAACAAUGCCAUAUGGAGAGCCUGGUAUAUGCAGUAUGUGGAGAAAAGGGAGAAUCCUGUUUGUCACUUUGUGACUCCCCUCGAUGGUAGCAUGGACUUGGAUGUCCAUCGUCCUGCAGAGGCCACUGCCGCAGAGGGGAAAUGCUGGAAAAGAAGAAUUGAAAUCGUCAUAAGAGAAUAUCACAAAUGGAGAACAUACUUCAAGAAAAGGUUACAGAAGCACAAGGAUGAUGACCUGUCAAGCUUGCUUAAGGGGCCAGAGGAGCAGUUAUCGCUGUUUGGGGAAGUCUCUCCAGACAUGCUCCGUGUCUCCUUUUAUCAGGAUGAAGAGACUGCUGCACGCCGUCUGCCUCGUAAGCAUAAUGAAACACCUGCGCCUAUGGAGAUGGACACCCUCUUUGACAUGGAUGUUCUGAUGUCUGAGUUUUCAGACACGUUGUUCUCUACGUUGGCCUCGCACCAGCCCAUAGCCUGGCCCAAUCCAAGGGAGAUUGCUCAUGCAGGGAAUGCAGACAUGAUCCAACCAGGACUCAUCCCCUUACAACCCAACCUAGACUUCAUGGACUCUUUUGAUCCACUGCAAGGUAGCAACUUAUUUCACAGCCUCCGUCAGCCCGUCUUCCCCUCUGUUUCCCCCACUGCAUCAUCUGUCACCCCUCUAUCCAGCAGCAGCUCUCAGUCACAGGCCCAGUUAAUGUCCGCCAUGCAACUCACAACCAACCAUAUCUCCCCUCCUGGACCCCUGCCCAUCCCCUCUCCCAUGGUCAGUCAAACCAGUCGAACAGGUGGUGGUGGUGGCAAUGCUCCCUAUGUUCAAAACUACAUGACUCUGUUUCCUGGGCAGGUGGCACCCAGUGAUCAAGCAGGGGUUUCCUCAGUCUCUCAGACAUUAUCCCAUGAUCCUCUGGUACCCUGCCUACCAGGUCAGGACAUGGCCUCAGCAGCACCCAUGGUUCCCUCACCCUUGGACAACACCUCUGCGCUGGAUGAGAGUGUAGCACCGUCUGUGAUUACACACACAGCCUCCUCUACUGUCACAGCCAGCGACGCAGCAACCACCUUCAGCCAUGGCUCAGAGUAUGGCUCCAUAUCCACACAGCCUCCACCUCCUCCGUCCCAACUCCAACCCAUGGCUCCAUUGCCUGCCACUCCUGUACAGCACCCUCAGACUUUUGCCAUGCCUCGCCCUUUUUUGUCAUCCAGUGCCAACAAAAACCGCCCUGUGCAAAGGAUUGCUCCUGCAAACACUCUCCCCCCAUCCCACCUCAUCCUCACAGCCCCUUUCCCAGGUCACGCCAAUGCUGUGAUUGUUACACCCACACCUCUGAAAGCAGAUGUGGUCCCUAAUACUGGAGUGGUCAUCACUUCAUCUCAUAUUAGAGGGGCUCCUGGAUUUCACGUUGUGUCUCAGACGCAGAAAUCUCCCCAGCCGAUCGUCCCCAAAGAAAAGUCUUAUUCUUCCAGCCGUAAAAAUCUGAAAGCAACCUCGAGUGUUGUUCACAGUCAGCCAGGUUCGGGUCAAGGGACAACGUGUGUGUUAGAUCAAGUUCCCAGUCCCCAGUCACUCAUCAGCAGCAGUACAUCUCUGGUAAAGAAUGAACAGAACCGGAGGACAACACACAUAUCUGCUGAGCAAAAGAGACGAUCAAACAUAAAAAUUGGCUUUAAAACACUCUGCAACCUGGUUCCCACUCUAAAGUCACAAUCAAAUAGCAGUAAUGCAGUCACAUUGCAGAAGACAGUGGAGCACAUUGGGAAGCUGCAACAGGAGAGGCAGCAGUUGCAGGAAGAGGUUAAGAGACUACGAGAGGAGAUAGAGGAGCUCAACACGUCCAUUAACUUGUGUCAGGAACAGCUGCCUGAGACAGGGGUGCCCAUCAGGCGGCAUCGCUUCAACCACAUGCAAGAGAAGUUCAAUGAAUAUGUAAAGAGCCGCACGCUUCAGGAUUGGAAGUUCUGGAUUUUCAGCAUCAUUAUCAAGCCUCUCUUUGAGUCAUUCAAUGGGAUGGUGUCAACUACAAGCAGGGCAGAGCUAUGUCAGACCACAUUGCAAUGGCUUGAUCGUCACUGUUCCCUUCCGGUGCUCAGACCUAUGGUGCUGAGUACCCUUCGCCAGCUGAGCACAACAACGUCCAUUCUUAGUGAUCCAUCCCUGCUGCCUGAAGAAGCCAUCCAGGCUGUUACACACACAGAUGUGUAGCCUGCUCUCAGAGGAGGUGAGGUGACCUAAAAGCCACCUGAACCUUUUACCAGCAAUCACCAAAGCGGCAUAUCACUACUUUAACUUACAGCUACUCAGCUAGGUCACCACGUCUUCCGCAGAUCCUCGACCUCCUUGAAAAAUAAGUGAAAUGAUAAAUGCAGGCUAGGUCUGGCUUACUUUCACUGCGUAUGUUCGAUGGUCAUACAUUUGUUCUGUUGCACAUUGAUGCUUGGGGAUGAUGCACACAGGGAGCUCAGCCCUUUGACAGUACAUUUAUAACAAUUGUGCAGAAAUGGCCUUUUAUCGUAUUAUAUUUGAACGACAGCAACAACUACUACUACCUUCACCUACUUGAGGUGAAGAUCUUCUAAGUACUUAUUGGAAGAUGGUACUUGUGGUUUGCUUUUUGAACAACAAUAUAUAUUUAAAUUUAAAUUACUUUUAUAAUGUACAAACAACAUUGUGUUAAAAAGGGAAAUAUUGAGUGAUUGUUCGUUUCGUGUUCUCUCUCAGAUGUAUAGUAAGUAAAUGGAUAUGAUGUUUUUUUCACAAGGGGAGCAGAUGAAUGUGGGUUUUUUAAGGAACCGUUGGCAGUACAGUGUGUGUCAUUUGGAGGCUCUGAAACCUCCCAGAGAGGCUUCACACCAGAAUGUAGGGGAUUGCCUGAAACAUGGCCAAGUUGAUCACUCGUGGACUUCUCUAUACCUAAUCAAUACCAGAGAGAUGAGAGCUUUAGCAUCUUUUCCAUCCCUCAUUUACUCAGGUGAAUGUUGUUUUGCCAGUUAACAUUAGUGGUUUCCUGGUGGUUUUCCGUCCAUGCUGAACUACUUCCUUCAUACAUUGCUUGCUCUGCCCAUUUUUAGUGCAAAUUACAUAAGAAAACAGUCACUUUACAUACGUGGGUUUAUUACACUUUACAUACUGGGCAGGUCACAGCAUAAUGGAGCAAUAUUACUUACAGCCCUCAUAGGGAGCAUAGCUGAAAUAGCAGUACAGACUAUAAAUAUACUAUCUUCACAUGUACAGUAUUCCAAGAUCUUAUCUCAAUGCACAGUAGCUGUCUUUUCUGUUCUUCGUUGGUCACUCAGGGCUGAGCUAGUGUGCGUAAUUAUUUUCCAUUCAGCUAUGAACAAAUCAAGUCAGGAUCUUCCUCAGCAGGAAGGCACAUUUUUCUGUAAGGGUACAGGUCACAUCACAUGGAUUGGUUCGCCGAUGUGUUUUCUUUUUUUUCCCUCUUUAUAGUUACACUAAUUUCUAAUUUGUGUUAAUGGCAGACACAGGAGAAAACAAUUAGUCUGCCACAUCAAGAAAGAAAAGCCACGUGUAGUUUACCCAUCCAUUCAAUUAAUUUGUUGUGUUACUGAUAUCAUAUUUGAUAGAGCACUUUGCUCUAUCUAAGAGUGUCACAUGUGUCAGCCUUAAGGUCAAAGUGCCCUUACCUGUGAUCGCUGCAGGCUGAUUUGUCUCUUUUUUUUUUUCUUUUUUUUUCUUCUGUGGUUCAGCACUCCUCAGGCAGACGUAGGUUUUCUGACUUGUGUUUUUAUUUUAUUUUCUGCAGAGCAACUUAGUUUACUCUUGAGUUGUACAGUAUCAGAAGGCACCACUUUUAUUUGAUGAAUGUGCAGCUUUUUGUUUGCAGUCUUUUAUUGUGGAUUCCAAGUGACUUUUGAUGGGACAUUUUCCUUUUCUGUAAGGUAAACAUCUUUCACCAUUUACCUGUUGAUGUACAGGCUGCUCAGUUUCUAGUCACACGGAGAAAGCAGUCAUCAAAAUUCAGCACUUUAACAGUGCACAACUCUGCAGCCUAUUUACAGUGUUGCAAACCCAAUUUUAGCUCACGUUUGCCCAAAAAUAUUUAUUACUACUGUAAGAAAAUAAAAAUGCACCUCUGAAUGCAACUAUGGUUGUCAUGAUUGAAAAUGAAAAUAUUUGUUUUUGACUUUUCUGUGAUUGUUGUCUCCCCUUCAAACCAAGAAUGAAGACAUUAUUUAAUACUAUAUAACAAAGAGCACCAAAUGUUUCUUUGCAGCUUGGCAUUUGAGUGGUGUUUUUUUUUUUUUAAUCAACCAAUUAUUUUAAAGUGUUUUGUCAUACCAGGUUGGAUAUCCAACUUCAGUUUGCUGUUUCUGUGAGUUGGUUUUGUAUGGGAUGAUGUACAGUAUAUCAUUGCAGAUUGGUUCUCUCCAAAUUUAGUAUUGUAUUUCAUUUGUUUUAAUAAGUAAAGAUAUUUUCUUAUGCUGCAUAUGUGUGUGUUUUUUUCGGUGUUUCCAAACAAUGCCUUUCAAAUAAUUCUGAAUCACAAUA